AUGAAUAAUGAUAGUAAUAAACAAUUAUCAAACCAAGAUUUUCGAAAUCUAUUAGGUCAAUCAAGCAAUAAUAGUGAAAAUACUAAUACUAAUAAUAAUAAUAAUAAUAAUAAAAAUAACAAUAAACCUAAAAAAAAGAAAUGGAUAGAUAGAGACUAUGAAUAUUAUCAAACAGCCCCAGAAAAGAUAGACCCAAAUUAUAAAGAUAGAGCAAGAGAAAGAAGACAAAAUAAAAAUGAUGAUGAUAACAGUAAUAGCAAUAGUAGUAGUAGUAAUAAUAAUAAUAAUGAUAACAGUAAUGAUGUAGAUAAUAGUGAAACAACUUUAAAAAAAGGUUUAGAUUUUAAUUUACUAUAUACAACAAAAGAGCAAUUAAAACAACAGCAACAACAACAACAACAACAACAACCAACAUCACAAGGAAAUGAUCAACUACAACAACAACAACAACAACAAUUACAAUUACAGCAACAAAAUCAAAAAGAAAAAGAAAAAGAAAGAUUAUCAAAAAUAAAAUGUAAAUCAGAAAUUGGGAAAUUAAUAUUAGCACAACAAUUACAAUCUUUGGAUAAAGAGACUAAAUUUAAACAGCAACAACAACAACAACAACAGAAACAAUAUAAUAAAGAAAUAUUUCAAACUAGUAGAAUGUUAUAUCUAUUUGAUUUAGACCCAGAUUUUCCACAACAUAUACCAACUACAAUUUUAAAUAGUAAAGAGGAUUGUCCAAAAAUUAAACAAACAAUGGCUGCACCAAUUAAUAAUACAUUAUUGAAAAUGUUCACAAAUUAUUAUCAUCCUGAUAAAAAUUUAUUUUUCAAAGAUUCUACAUCAAAUAAUAAUAUUAAUAACAAUAAUAAUAAUAGCAUUAAAAAUGCUGAUGAUGAUGUCCAUGAUAAUAUAUUUUCAGAUUCAGAUUCAGAAAAUAUAAAGGAAAAUACAACAAUUAAUAAAGAUAUUAAUAUUAAAAAUAAAAAUAAAGAUAUAAUUGAUGAAGAAGAUGAUGAUAAUAUAUUUUCAGAUACUGAAGAAUAUGUAUGUGAAAUUAAUAAUAAAAAGACAACUACCACCACUCCUUCUACUUCCACCACCACAACCACAACAACAACAUCGAAUAAACUUGUAAAUAAUAAUAAUAAUAGUAAUAAUUAUUUUGGUAGCAAAGAUGAUUAUUCAAAUGAAUUCAAACCAAUUGGUAAAGAAGGUGAUGAAAAUUCAAAUAGCAAAGUUGAUGAAACUGUUAAAAUAUUUAUUAAUCAAGAUGGUGAAUUAGUUAAAAAGAAUGAUGAUAAAAAAGAUAAACAACAACAACAACAACAACAACAACAACAACAACAACAACAACAACAACAACAACAACAACAACAACAACAACAACAGAUUGAUAUUUAUGAUAAUGAUGAUGGUGAAUUAGUUAAAAAGAAUGAUGAUAAAAAAGAUAAACCUCAACAACAACAACAGAUUGAUAUUUAUGAUAAUGAUGAUGGUGAUGAUGAUGAAGAUGAAUACGCAUAUCCAAAUACUGAUGCAAACUAUGAAGAGUAUGAAAAUAAACAACGUAGAUUCACUGAAAUUAAAGAAGAGGGUGAAGUAGAGCAAGAUGAUGAUGAUGAUGAACAGCUUUAUGAUUUAAUAGUACCAGGUGAAGAAAAUAUUAUGAAAGUACAAAUAUUCGAUAGAAUAGAUGAAGAUCAAGAUCAAGAUGAAGAUCAAGAUGAAAAUGAAGAUGAAUAUGCAUAUCCAAAUACUGAUGAAAAUUAUGAACAACAUGAAAAAGAUUAUAUGAAAGAACAAGAUAAAAGAUUUAAUGAAGAUUCAUCAAGUUCUGAUGAAGAAGAUAAUAUAAUUUCAUUGGAUACAAAUAACGAACAAUUGAAGAGAAAACUUCUUGAUCAACAUUCAUCAUAUGGUGAUGAUUAUUAUCCAGAAUUUACAGGUUUCGAUAGAGAACGUGGUGAAAAACCAAAAUUAUCAAUAGAUGAAAUGUAUAAAAUCAAAAAGAAUACUAAAGAAAAUAAUCCUCGUAAAAAAGCAAAGAGUGAAACUCAUCAACUACAAAAGAUUAAUCAUAUUUUAAAGAAAAAGGCUGAAGAAUCUGGUGAGAAAUUUGUAGAUAUUUUUAGUUCAAAAAAAAAUAAAAAAUAA